AUGGGUAAAAAGAGAAGAGCUGCAAUCUUGCCGACCAACAUUAUCCUUCUCCAGAAUGUCGUUCGUAGAGAUCCAGAAUCGUACUAUGAAGAGUUUCUCCAGCAGUACUCUCACUAUGAAUCGCUCAGAGAUAUCUUUUUGAUGAACCCCAGUGUCGCUGAUAAAGGCACUGAAUUCGGCGAGUUGAUUGGUUUUGUUUCGGCCGUAUGUGGCUGUUAUCCCAAAGAAACGGCUGGCUUUCCAGACGAGCUCAAGACGAUUUUACUUAACAACCAUCGUGAGCUUUCUCCAGAUUUAAGAGAAAAGAUCAUCCAGUGCUUGACGAUGUUGCGUAACAAAGAUGUCAUUUCCGCCGAGUCAUUAAUUCAGACCAUUUUCCCACUCUUGACUGCAUACUCCAGAGCAAAUUCCACCAGUGGACAGCAUGUCAAGGCUCUCAGACAUCAGAUCUAUUCUACUUUGAUAGCACUUCUUAAGUCUGUGAAUACAGGCGCAAAGAACCAGAAGAUCAACCGUUCGACCCAGGCUUUGCUUUUCAAUUUGCUUGAACAGAGAGAUUCUCAAGGUUUGUGGGCAACCAAGUUGACCCGUGAGUUGUGGCGUAGAGGUAUCUGGGACGAUCCUCGUACUGUAGAAAUCAUGACCCAGGCUGCUUUGCAUCCAGAUGUCAAGGUCGCUGUGGCAGGAGCCAAAUUCUUCUUAGGUGCCGACAAGGAAAGAGACGAAAACUUUGAAGAGAACUCUUCUGACGAAGAGGGUUUCGAUAUGAGCGCUUUGAGACACAAAAUGCUGAUUAACAAGAAGACUUCAAAAAGAGGUAAGAAGUUGGAAGCUGCUGUCAAGGCUGUCAAGAAGAAGAGUAACAACCCCAAACAUUCAGCCACGUACUUGAAUUUUUCUGCUAUCCACUUAUUGAGAGAUCCACAAGGGUUUGCCGAGCUGCUUUUCACCAACCAUUUAAGUAGUAAGAACUCUAACCGUUUUGAUUUGGACCAGAAGAUCAUGUUCAUGAACUUGAUCUCUCGUUUGAUCGGUACCCACAAGUUGACCGUCUUAGGUAUCUACUCGUUCUUCUUGAAGUACUUGACGCCGAAGCAACGUAAUGUGACCCAGAUCAUGGCAUCGGCAGCACAGGCUUCGCAUGACUUGGUACCCCCAGAAUCCAUAUCCGUUGUUAUUCGUAAGAUUGCUGACGAGUUCGUCAGUGAUGGUGUGGCUGCCGAGGUUGCUUCUGCUGGUAUCAACACCAUAAGAGAGAUCUUAUCGAGAGCUCCGUUGGCAAUCGAUGCUGCUCUUUUGCAGGAUUUGACAGAGUACAAGGGCUCUAAGUCUAAAGCAGUGAUGAUGGCUGCAAGAUCGUUGAUCUCGUUGUAUAGAGAAGUAGCACCUGAGAUGUUACAGCGUAAGGACAGAGGUAAGACUGCCAGUAUUGAAUUGCAACACGGUGAUAGAUCUGGCGCUCCUCAGUUUGGUGUGGAAAGUCAAAUUGUCACUUCUAUUCCUGGCUUAGAGUUAUUAGCCAAGUGGAGAAAGGAACAAGGAUUAGAAGGCAAUGAUGGUGAAGAUGAUGAUGCCAACUGGGAAGUUGCUUCAGACGAUGACGCUAGUGACAUAGAAGGUGAAUGGGUGACUGUAGAAUCUGACAAAGAGUAUAAUGUCAGUGACUCAGAAGACGAAGAAGAAAAGAAUGAAGACAAAGAAGAAGAAGAAGAUGAUGAUGAUGGAGAAGAAGCCGAAGACGGAGCUAUGGCCGAAUUGCUUUCUAGUAGAAUUUUGACUCCAGCCGAUUUCGCCAAGUUGGACGAGUUACGUACGCAGGCUGGUGUAGAAAAGAUCAUGGGAGUGACACAGACCAACGAAGAAGUGGUUGAUUCUACAUCUUUGGUUGGUAAGGUCAAGUACAAGCAAUUACGUGAAGAAAGAAUUGCUCAAGCUAAGGAAGGUAAGGAAGAUAGAGAAAAGUUUGGUUCAAGAAAGGGUAAGAGAGAUGCCCCUCAUUCGACCACCAACAAGGAUAAGGCCAGAAAGAAGAAUUUCGUCAUGAUGAUCCACAAGAAAUCGGUUCAAGGCAAGCAGAAGUUGUCGUUGAGAGACAGACAGAAGGUUUUGAGAGCACACAUCGGCAAGCAGAAAAAGAAGGGAUAUUGA